AUGAAUAAUUGUAAAACCACGUUCAAUAUAUUUUUUUUUGUCUUGUUCUUUAUAACCAUUUAUGAAAUAAAAUGUCAACUACGCUUUGCGUCUUUGGGUGAUUGGGGUAAGGAUACAAAAGGUCAGAUAUUGAAUGCAAAGUAUUUUAAGCAAUAUAUAAAGAAUGAAAGAGUAACAUUUAUAGUUAGUCCAGGAUCUAAUUUCAUUGAUGGAGUUAAAGGUUUAAAUGAUCCAGCAUGGAAAAAUUUAUAUGAAGAUGUUUAUUCAGAAGAGAAAGGAGAUAUGUACAUGCCAUUUUUUACAGUAUUAGGUACAAGAGAUUGGACAGGAAAUUAUAAUGCUCAAUUAUUAAAAGGUCAAGGUAUAUAUAUAGAAAAGAAUGGUGAAACAUCUAUUGAAAAAGAUGCAGAUGCUACUAAUUAUCCAAAAUGGAUUAUGCCAAAUUAUUGGUAUCAUUAUUUUACACAUUUUACAGUAUCAAGUGGACCUUCAAUAGUUAAGACUGGACAUAAAGAUUUAGCUGCUGCAUUUAUUUUUAUUGAUACAUGGGUUUUAUCAUCUAAUUUCCCAUAUAAGAAAAUUCAUGAAAAAGCUUGGAAUGAUUUAAAAUCUCAAUUAUCUGUUGCGAAAAAAAUUGCUGAUUUUAUAAUAGUUGUUGGAGAUCAACCUAUUUAUUCAUCUGGUUAUUCUAGAGGUAAUUCCUAUUUAGCUUAUUAUUUAUUACCUUUAUUAAAAGAAGCACAAGUAGACUUAUAUAUAUCUGGACAUGAUAAUAAUAUGGAAGUCAUUGAAGAUAAUGAUAUGGCUCAUGUUACAUGUGGAUCUGGUUCUAUGUCUCAAGGAAAAUCAGGCAUGAAAAAUUCAAAAUCACUCUUCUUUAGUAGUGAUAUCGGUUUUUGCGUACAUGAGUUAUCAAAUAAUGGUAUAGUCACAAAAUUUAUCAGUAGUAAAAAAGGAGAAGUUAUAUAUACACACAAACUUAAUAUCAAGAAAAAAAAAUCAUUAGAUAAAGUUAAUGCCUUACAACACUUUGCUGCAUUACCCAAAGUCGAAUUCACAGAUGUCCCUUCAAGUGGACCCAUGGGAAAUAAAGAUACCUUUGUUAGAGUUGUAGGAACCAUUGGUAUUCUUAUAGGCUCCUUAAUUGUUUUUAUUGGUGCAUCCUCUUUUUUAUCAAAAAAUAUGAAAUAA